AUGUCCCCGCCUUCUCCUCUUCCGCACGCGCUCACCACCACCUCGGCGCUCGCCGGUGCAGGCAAGCAUGCGGAGCGCGACAUGGUCGUCUACACCUCCCUCAGCUUGGAGGAGGGGCUUCACGGUCGGCAUCAUCAGGUGCGUUCCCUCUCGGUUCUCCUUGGGUCUGGCAAGACGGUCCUUGUGCACGGGCUCGGCAAGAAGCCCUGCGCGGAUUUCGACACCGCGAUGGCAAUGAACAACACCUUCACCCGCGGGGACCAGGAGUCCCUGAUUAAGCACCGCACCCUUCCCCCCGGCCACGUCCUGGCAAUCAAGACCGGGGGAUGCACGCACGCCGCGAUCCGUGAGGACGUCGGCACGAACGUCGGCGCACUCGAGGCCCUCCCAGCCGGCUUCGCGCCCUCACUCCCCACUGGACAGCUUCCUCCUCCCACAUCUCCACGAAUACCACUCGGUUUGGACUGCGUCUAA